CACUGUGAGACGGAACAUGGCUUCGUCUACGAACAUGGGAGGCAAGGACCUUGACCCGGCUUGCCGUGAGAUUCUUGAGCGGCUUAUGUCGCAUCCCAAGGCUGGCCCGUUCCUCGAGCCUGUGGACGCUGAGGCGCUGGGCAUCCCGGACUACUUUACGGUGGUGAAGCACCCCAUGGACCUGGGCACUAUUCGUCGCAAGCUUGAGCUGAACAGGUACCAGACCGAGGCAGAGUUUGCAGCUGACGUCCGUCAGGUCUUCCACAACUGCCGCUCGUACAACCAGGCCUCUUCCGAGAUUGUUGCCCAUUGUGAUGAGCUGGCAGAGUCGUUUGAGAAGGACUUUGCUCCGCUCUCGGCAUCGUCCAAGAAGCGCAAGCGGACAGAGGACGCAAACGACAAGCCCAUGACUCGCCCCGAGAAGCGCAAGCUCUGCCAGGAGAUCUCGAAGAUGUCCGGCGAGCGCCUUGCUGGCGUCGUCGAGAUCAUCCAGACUCGCAACAUUGUCCCCGCUGACUCGAUGGAAAUCGAGAUCAACAUCGACGAGCUGGACAUCAUCACGCUGCGCGAGCUCGAGCAGUACGUUCGCGACACCAACCUUGCGGCAAAGUAAUGCAGGAAGGCAGCCUAGAACGCUGGAACGCAGUGAUGGUGGUCAUAACACAGACAAGGCAGCGCCUGAAC